AUGUACAUUCCAAACUCGGCCCAGGCACUCCCGGGCCAUGGAACCGGGCAGCUCGCCACCCACCGCGAUGAGCCCACCAUGCUUCCUCGCUGGCCCGGCGGCAACCCAAACGAACACACGAGCGUCAAUCUCGGCCGGGGCAAGCGGCACGGAUACUCCAUCCCGGGCAUGCCGUAUUCGACAGGCGACGAGGAGCUCGGGUCGCCCGAGAGAAAGCAUCCCCCGUUUGUGCGGCCGUCUAUCGACCCCACCAAACCGUCAUCUCCACAAAUCAAGUUGGUGGCAUCCGAGAUCCAGAGAAAACCCAAGCCGCCACAACUCGAGAACCAAACCCAGCACACAGAGCACCAUCCAGCGCCAGCAAAAGUUCCAGAAGCAGCAGCUCCAGCAGUUGCAGCAGCAACAGAUCCAAGACAUCAAAGCCCACCAUCUGAAGAUGCAGCAACUGCACCAGCAGCAGCACACCACCAUCCACGGGCUCUGAGUCCCGGCAAAGCCGACAACCCGUCCGAUGCUGUCGAGCCCUUGAUCGACCCACCCACGGCCGAGCUCUUCCUGCGAAAUCAAGCGCUGAAGCGACAACUGGAGCAAUACUACCAACAGCACGCUCGCGACACUUCUGCCUCGGUCAUUGGUCUCCCGCCCGUCUAUCCGUUCACUCAGCUGCCCCCCUGCGUUCGGGCCAAUGACCUUCCAGGGCUUCGAGGGUAUCAAGAAAACCUCGGGCGAUGCCCAGUUCGGCAACCAGUCCCGCCCGAGUUCAGCAGCAUCAUGUGUUUCCACAGAGUCGUCGCUGUCGUCCAGGACUCUCGCCCAUCGACCGCGGCUUCAACAGUUAGCGAAGACAAGCCAACAUCGGCCUCCGUGGCGGCGAAGAGGCCUGAAACGGCUGCCAAGGCUGUCAACGGAGGCGUCGCCGCAAACAACGGUGGCAUCAGCGCGAGCGGCAAGGCUCCAGCCACUCGGAUCACGAUUCGCUGGGACAACGCCGCCAUCAGACUUCAUACGGAGCAGACUUUGGAGAACCGCCCAUGGCCGCAUCGCUUGCUGCCCGGCUGGUAUUGCGACCCCUUCCUGGAACUGUGCGAGAGUUCAACGGAGGAAAAGACCACAUGGGCCACUUCUUCACCGGCAUCUCACCAAUCAGAACUAUUCAAACCGCUGACCAACACAGAUAUUGCCUCGGGCCACGGCCAAAGAGGGGCCCGUGUCAAGAGCGAGCACUAAUGCGUCUUCACAAUGAAACGGGACGCACACCACUCCCCGAAUAUGAGGUCGCUGAUCGCCGCUGUCUUUGCCAGAAUACACACUUGUCUAUCGCCC